AUGUAUAAAAAAUCACGAGAAGUGGAUGAGACGGAGAGAGAAGUGGAUGAGACAGAGAGCGAAGUGGAUGAGACAGACCCCCGGAAGCAUGCUUGGAGGACCGCAAUAUUUCACAAGGAAGCCACGAGGAUCACCUACACCACGGCCCACACGAGGAUCACCUACACCACGGCCCACACGAGGAUCACCUACACCACGGCCCACACGAGGAUCACCUACACCACGGCCCACACGAGGAUCACCUACACCACGGCCCACACGAGGAUCACCUACACCACGGCCCACACGAGGAUCACCUACACCACGGCCCACACGAGGAUCACCUACACCACGGCCCACACGAGGAUCACCUACACCACGGCCCACACGAGGAUCACCUACACCACGGCCCACACGAGGAUCACCUACACCACGGCCCACACGAGGAUCACCUACACCACGGCCCACACGAGGAUCACCUACACCACGGCCCACACGAGGAUCACCUACACCACGGCCCACACGAGGAUCACCUACACCACGGCCCACACGAGGAUCACCUACACCACGGCCCACACGAGGAUCACCUACACCACGGCCCACACGAGGAUCACCUACACCACGGCCCACAUGAGAAAGGAAUCUAAUAUUCCGAGCAUCAUUGAUCGUCUUACUGAAAUUCAUGCAAUAAUUCAUACCAAAAUGCUUAGACAAGCUCAUCCUAAUCCAUAA